AUGACGGUCGCCGAGGAGUCCGUGAAGAAGGUGGAGGAGAAGGCGGUGAAGCUGGGCACGGUGGCCAAGGACAUCGCCAGCGCCAUGGCGACCACGACAGAGGAGAAGACGGCGUUCUGGGAGCCGGACCCUGAGACCGGGUACUACCGGCCGGUGACCGGCACCAAGGAGGUGGACGCCGCCGACCUGCGCGCCGAGAUGCUCAAGCAGAGGAUGCUACAGGACUGAAGCAACAAUCCCUAGU